AUGUAUGCGACGGUAUCCUCAUGCAAUGAUUCAUUCAAGUCAGGAAGAGAAGGUCUCCUCCGCCGCGGGGCAUGCGAAGAGAGCCUAGCGCAACGACUCUCUGACAGAGCGAACAUCUAUUGUCCCGGUUCUCAAGAGUUCAAAAAUUCGACACAGAGAUGGUCCACUCUCGAAGCUCCAACAUUUAGGGCGACGGUCGAAGUGGCGACGGAAGGGGAUGUAAUGGAAGUGGUAAAGUAUGCUAACGAGCAUGAACUUCCAUUCCUCGCCGUCAAUAACGCUCACGGCGCCAUUACUACUGUUGGACAAUUGCAAAAUGGCAUUAUGAUCUGGAUGCGUCAACUCAAUUCAGUCAAGAUCACAGAAGACGGCCAAAUGGCAACUUUUGGUGGAGGUGUCUUAGAUAAAGCGGUCACGGACGCGCUUUGGGCCGCCGGAAAGCAGACAGUGACUGGGGGCUGUGAAUGUGUGAGUGUGAUCGGGCCUGGCUUGGGCGGUGGCCACGGCUUGUUGCAGGCUCGCCACGGCCUAGUAUCGGAUCAGUUCGUCUCCCUGAACAUGGUCAUGGCAGAUGGGAGUCUCAAGACUAUCGACCACGCCAGUGACCUCUGGUUCGCUGUAAGAGGCGCGGGUCACAACUUUGGGAUUGUGACGUCCAUUACCUCGAAGAUCUACAAUGUCCAGUUCCCCAAUUGGGCCUUCCGAAACUUCACUUUCACUGGAGAUAAAUUGGAAGCCCUAUAUUCAAACAUCAACGAGCACUUUCUCAAAGAUGAUGAACAGCCGGUAGACUUGUUCCAUUACUCGGUAAUCUUAAAGAAUGCAGCUAUCGACGCGAAUAACCCUAUAAUCUCGUUCUACAUCCUCCAAGAAGGCGUAGAUAUCGUAGAAGACGCGGUGGUUGCGCCAUUCCUAGCCCUGGGGCCCGUCUCAACUUUCAGUGGCAGUGGAGAUUAUCCUGCGCUUCCCAGCUGGAUAGGAUGGGGAAACAACGCGGCGACGUGCCAACAUUCUGGCCUCGCCAACACUAGAUUCCCGAUCGAACUGCAGCAUUAUAACAUCACUGCUCAGCGAAGUAUGUAUAAUCUUCUGAGCAACACUUUGAACGAGAUACCGGCCCUCAACAGGUCCGUUGUACUUCUCGAAGGAUACUCACAGCAAGGGGUCAAAGCUUUUUCCAGCAAGGAAUCUGCAUAUCCUUUCCGUGGUAGCAACCUUCUACUUGCGCCAGUUGUCAGGUAUAUCGAAGAAGACGAGAAACUUGCAAAAGAAGGGAAGGAUUUGGGUGAAGCGCUUCGAGACAUUCUCCAUGUAGGCAGCGGCCGGGUUACCAAACGCACGUAUGUCAACUACGCAUUUGGCACUGAGAGUUUCCAAGAAAUAUAUGGCGACGAGUUUUGGCGACGCAAGAGAUUGUUGGCACUCAAGAAGAAGUACGAUCCAAGCGGUAAAUUUAGUUUCUACGCGCCGAUCGCAUGA